AGCUGCUUGACGAAUAUAACUUCUUACUAGUACCUGUAGGACUGCGAGUCCCGUUCUGUCUACAGUCUGUACUCCGGAAGAGGCCUAGGUAGCGCGCCUAAAAGGCUACUCGGCUAGACGUGCGGCGCCUUCCCUAUCCAUCAUAGCAACAAUGGCGCCAAGCCUUGAGGUCACAGCUUGGAAUGGAGAUAUUUUUACUCUUCGCCAGGUUGGUGGCCUCCUUCCAAGAACCAUGACCCCUGGCACUCCGCGUCUUAUCGCUGCUGCGGCCGUUGAACCCGCACUGCCAGCUGGUUCCCAGCAGCGGAAGCGGCGCCUUCUCGUAGAACCACUGGGAGUGUGGGUCAAGGAUGGCCGCAUCGCAUGUAGCCCACAGGGCUCAAGCAACUCGGCCAUUUCCGCUGUCGGAAACGAUGCCAGCACUGUGGCAAUGCUGAAUAAUCCUUCUACGACAGGCCGCCAGCAGCCAAGUGCUGACACAUACAGCUCUACUGCUGAAGCAGGACAGCUUGCGCCCACACAACUCCAGGAAAUGCAGUCUCCAUCCCAAACUUCGAACAGCUAUGGCCCAGUGCGGGCACCCGCUGUUCCCCUCCUCAGCGCUGCCGCAAGGCUCAAGCCGUACACCCUCCAGGCUACAUUGAACAGAAUGGCGUCAUUCGACCGGCGUCUGGUCACAAACACGACCAACAACCUCCCGGCAACCAUUGAAGCAGCUUCUCCGUUUGCACUAACUGGCGCGAUCACGCCCUUCGUCAUUGGCAACUCCUCCAUCCCUGCUUCGGCUUCAGCCUUCCUGUCUUCCCGACCUCCAUCACUGCCGCCGUCACAGCAGCCAUCUCAGCCGCAGGCCGCCAGCCAGCCCCUGCCGCUGGCGGGCCGCGCCUCCGGUGCUGGCGUGUCCGAGCUGUGGCACAUGUGGGUCAGCGAUGAGGUCGCAGCGCACGAGGGCUGGUCGGCCACAACGUUGAAAGCAGGACCGUCUGGCCCUACUGCUGCUUGCUGCAGCAGCAGCAGUUCCGUCCCACUGCCAGCUUCAAUGUCCCAAUCGCGCCACUCCUCCUCCUCUCUGUCCUCCGGCCUUCACCCUGAUCUUCCUGCUGCUGCUUCGUCGUCCCCUGCUCGUCCCUCCUCCUGGGCCGAUGGUGGCGCGGAGGUAUGGGAGGCGGCGUUCGGCGAACCCGCAACGGCAUCAGUCCUGCUAAGGUAGAAGAAGACACUGUCGACGAACCUGCCCCUGCUGCUCCCGCCCUGUACUCCGCCACGCUCCCUUGCACGCCUCAUCACCUCCGCCGCCAGAGGCUUCGCCCGCCGCCUGAGCACAGCAUCCGCCGCCGCGGCCGCAGUCGCUGUGGCGUCCCCGAGCGGUGGCCUAAACAGUCAGUACCAAGCCAUAGCACAUGCCGUGAUUUGGGUAGGAGAGCGCAUGUGGCUGUUGCCGUACUUACUACGAAUUGCCUGGAGUGACUAACGUGGAGUGUGGGACUGGAAACUUUUAUUUUAGCACUUUGCGUUGUUUAAUUGAGAAGAAGAGUAUGUUUAUGUUUGUGUUUUAGUGAGCCUUUUCUGAAGGGGGGGAACAUUACAUAGCUUGUCGGGCCUGAUAGGGCCUGCUGCAAACGGUUAUUAUCGGCCGUACGGCACGGCUAACGUAACCGAAUUACAUCGCACACCACAUGGAAAAUCGUACAACGCCUGGAUGGGGGCCUUGCUGCUUGUUGGCAGUGCACCAUUCGCGCUAGUAACUGGUAACUCAUGUCUGGGUCUUUGUGUUGUGCCGGCUAGCAGUUCGCAGUAGUCGCGCAUGGGCCUUGCACGGCUUCUUCCUUUGUUUCAGGCAUGGCUGGGUGCCUUGCCGCUUUCACAACGUAUUUCAGUUACUCGUGCUGAGUACCCGAGAGUGAGAAUUUUGCUGUGGUUACCCCCUAAUUGUUACCGGAGUUGGGGGCGCGGACGUGAUCAAGCAGUCUUGGUUCCGUGUCUCAAUCCCCUUCUGGGGUCUCCCUUGUGAGUUGAAGACUUGAAGUAGUCAACAAGGAUGUUGUCGUGUGGAAAAGGCCUAACCUUUGGACCGGAUCUUGGAACUGGCCGGGGCAAUACUUGUCCUCGACAUGGCAGCAGAGAGGCGACCAGAUCCAGACAGGCAGGCGAGCCCUGUCCCGUGGCGCUGGCUUGUUUUUAGAUGCAUUUUGAAGACACGCGCAUCUGUGAACCGUGUAGAACUUUGUACUUUAACAAGGAAUUCGUUUGCUUUACUCGUGUUGAAUGGCUAGAAUGGCGGGCAUUGGAUGGUAUCUGCAGUGUUUUGUGGUACCCCAUGCGCAUAUGCGUGGAGGAAGAAAAUGUUGGCGGCGUUUACGCGUCCUAAUGGUGUAGGGUUCGCUACGGCAACCCACCUUGUCAUGGAGUGUGCAGGUUUAUCGCAGCGGCCUUUUAUCAUAUUCUGCAACCGAGCAUAAGUUUGGCGCAGCGAGCUGGCGGAUGCGUGCUUCUGCAGCUGUAUCGCCCUUCAUACCUGUGCAUGUGAUUGCCUCGUUAGGCGUUACCCCCAAUAACAUGAUGGGCAUGUUUUAAGGCAGCUAGUGCCGUCGUGGUUAUUACUGGUUGUUAGAAGCUCAAAAGCAUGGGCCUCUGCCGCAAGACGCUAGCUGCGUGCUAGGCCGUACCAUGGACGCAUGGACUGCUACCAAGAUUGCGACUGUUCGCAGGAGGAGGUUGGGCCCCGUGACCGUUUGGGCGCCACAAAGUGAUCGUUUCGUGUAUAUGCGUGCAGAUUCGCAGGAGUGCGUUUUGAAGCAGACACGAUGAUAGGCAUGUACCAUGAUGCAUUUCAUUUGUUCAGGCUGUCGCGUCUUGUGAAGAACUUUUUGUGGGCAUAUCCCGUGGCAGGGUUCGGAACCUGGCUGCUGCUUGUGGGGUAUCGGCCAGGUCGUGUGGUUGCGACACGCCGGUGGAACCCCGGUGUGCUUGGC